AUGUCUGACAACGAUCAACAGCAGCUUCAAUCUCUGGUUUUGUCUGCCGAGUUGAAUUCGGAGAAUGAAAAUCUUGAACAACUCGGACCGAUAAUCAAAUCAAUAUACGAUACCGGCAGACAAGAAGCGUUUCUUGAACAGCUGGCCGCGUUCGUUAGAAAAAAGGAAAAUGAGAUAGAAAGAAUGUGUAAUAGUAAUUAUCAGGAAUUCGUGCACUCCGUGGAUCAAUUGUUGAAAGUUAGGCAAGGGACAGUCAACCUUAAAAAUAAGAUAAUUGAUUUAAACUACGAUGAACAAAAGUCGGGAAAAAAAGUUGCCGCAAAGAAAAAAGAGCUUAUACAAACGCGAAGAAUUCAGAAAAACAUAGAUGAGGCAGUUGAAACAUUGCAAUUGUGUUUACAUGUACUCGAUAUGGCCAAUCGAGUUCACAAUUUAACUGAAGAAAGAAAAUACUUUUCAGCACUGAGGACUUUAGAGGAACUACAGACUGUUCAUUUACGCAAAGUAAUUCAAUACGAGUUCGCCAAGCAUAUGCAGGAAUCCAUACCCGUAAUGCAGAAUAAUGUUAAAAACGCAGUAACAAAGGAGAUGAAGGAAUGGCUAUUUCUUGUUCAACAGGAUACGCCGAAGCUUGGUAAAAUUGCAAUGGAACAAAUGAGACUGCGUCAAGAACGAUGGAGGGAGAAAGUUCGGAGAAACUCUGAUUUGCGUUCUGUUUCUGUUAGUUCGCCAAUCGAAAUAGUGAUGAAUGAGGAAAACGAGUUCAACAUUAUAGAUAACGAUCAGGUCAAGAUUGAUUUUAGGCCGUUAUAUCAAUGUCUUCACAUUUAUGAAGAACUUGGACAACGAGGUGAAUUUAAAUCAAACUACGAAGAUGAUAGAAAGGCCCAAGCUAAUUUAGUACUUUCGCGGUCUUUCACAUUGAGGGAAAGCGAUGAAAAGAGUUUUGAAGCAUUUCUUCAGGAAAUCGUGGGUUUCUUUGUUAUCGAGCAUAUCAUAGUGCAUUCAACUCAAAAUUUUCGAUCGCAAUCGGAAGUGGAUAAUCUUUGGGACAUUGUUAUAUCAAAAGUUGUGAAAAUUUCUUCAGACAGUCUGGAGGAUUGCCAUGAUCCGGUUCUGUAUCAGAAAAUCAAGUUCACAUUAUUCACGUUUAUUCAAACACUUGAGGAUUACGGAUAUAAUGUCCAUUCCUUCACGGACCUUAUCCUGACCGUAUUCCAGAAGUACUCGGAAAUGCUGAAACGCAAGUUUUCUGAAGAUUUUCAUCAGACAAUUCUUGACGAUGACUAUAUGCCUAUGCAAGUUCAAUUCCCUGAGGAGUAUGCAGCCGUGGUCGACGCUUGUUGGUUUAAAGAAGAAGAUCACCGAAUUAGUCAAGGGUAUCCAAGAGUGCUUCCAUUUUCCCAAGCAUAUCCAUCAUGUUGCUUGGACAUUAAGAAUUUUGUGAGUCAAUAUUAUCAAUUUGCGGAAGAUGAUUCUCGGCAGUACAGUUAUGUUGAUGACAUUGUCAAGCAGACUCUAGACAAUCUGUUAAUAGAACAUGUGAAUGGUGUGCUACUUGGUAAACUCCAAAGUACAAAUAUAUCACAGAUAGUUCAAAUAAUAAUUAAUCUAGAAUACUUUGAAAACGCAUGCGAGGAGCUUGAAAAGUUGCUUAAGGCAAAAAGGGCAGCUUAUGAAUUCCACGAUACUCGCAAAAUGGCCGAAAAACGUAUUUUCGAACUAGUUAAUUCUAAGAUUGAUGACUUCCUAGAAUUAGCAGAUUACGAUUGUCCCCAAGUGAAAAGAAUUAAUUCAAAUGCUGUUAAAAACUUGAACACCGAUGUCACAUUUCUGGAGAACUUUGCACAUAGUCUUGAAGAUAAAAAUAUUGUUGAUGCAUUCUUAGAAUUAAGACAGAUUGUCACAUUGCUCAGUUCCGAUAACGUGGAGGAAUAUUUGGAUCCUUCGGCGCGGAACAAAAAAUAUUCCCGCCUCAAGCCUGCAGACGUUGUAAACUUGUUUGAAAAGUAA